AUGGAUGUCAUCGAGCUUCUUGAAAAAAAGCAAUUUAAGGUUGUAGAGAAAAAUGUCGAAAAGAAAAAAUUAAAGAAAAUUUUCUUCGCUAUUUCACGGCUUAACAAUUUAUAUAAGGGGAAGAACAAAUACUUGUUGAAACUUUGGAAGAACGUCUCAGGCGAAGGAGAGUACCUCGACACGUUUAACAACCUUGCAUUUGUGAAUUUUAAGUACAUAUGUGAGUAUGUUAAGAACAGUGGGGAGAGAAGCUGGUCAGAUUGGCCAAAGGAUGUAGACGGAACUCAGGGCGAUUCGUCCAAUUUUCGAGAUGCCAAAACCGUUGCGGAUGUUUUUCUCUCCCAAUUACUUCAUGUGGUAAGACACAAUGCAAAGGCAGAAGCAGAGGCAGGGUCAGGGGCAGAAAGGGGGAAAUGGUCUGAGUUCGAAAAGAAAAAGGAAGAAGUUGGAGGUCCCCUAGGCGAAAGGUCAUGCGUAGACAAUGAACGACAAAGGAAGAAUGUAAUGAACAUUCCAAGUGUGAUAUUUAUUAAUGAAAAGAAGGAAUUCGAAAUUCUUUUCAAUCUCGUCCACCCCCUUAUAUAUAACACAUAUGCAACAAAUCUAAUAAUAGAUGUAAUGAAACUGCCACGCAUAGACAUACAUGAAUGCUAUACACAGUUGUUCAUUUUUACGUUGUUUCAUCUUUAUACAAAAAAUAAAGACGUACUAUUUUUCUAUUUUAUGAUAUAUAAGAAAUGGAAGAAAAUUAAAAAAAAUAUCAUCAAUACAAAGGAAAUGAUAAUUGAAUGGGAAGUCAUCAAAUUUGUAAAAAAGAAAUACAAAAAGAAAGUAUACAAUUUUAAAUGCUUAAGAUAUUUUCUACUUAACUUGUGUGAUCGUAAUAUUAUUCAGAAUUUUUUAAACUAUAUUUUUACAUUUUUACAUGACAAGUUUAUUGCUAUAAGUCCAAAUAAAUGGGAAACUGAUUUUAUGACCUACAAGAAAGAAGAUAAUUUUUAUGAAUUUUCUUUUUUUCUUUAUUCAUCAGUUCAAGAUUUAUGCAAUGACAAGUUCGCAUUUUUUGCCUUUUCCCGUGAGAGAAUUAAAAAUUCACUCCAACAUGAUCUUACCGAGGGUGUGUUUGAUAUUUAUUUGUUACUCUACUUGGUUGACAAAUGUGACUGUGACAGUUUUGUAAAAUUGAGGUUUAUUUUGGUGGCCCUUAUUAAAUGUGCGAAUUCGCCUGACAUGUUCAGGCAAAAUGAGCAAACUAGCUUACAAUCCGUGGUGAAGCGCGCACGGGAUAAGGUAGACCAGGCAGAAAGCGACAAACCUGAUGUAGGUCAGGCAGAAAGUGGCAAACUUGAUGACGUAUCUACAGGGAACAAAAAUUUGAACAGGGAGAAGAGAAAUAUCUCCAAGUGUGUAUCCAACUUCCUAUCGAAGGAGGAGUUAACCACAGACAUCAUAAAAAAGGAAAUGUUUUAUAACUGGGCAUACGUCCGGAAGUGUGUGUAUUUGUGUUGUUAUAACAUAAUUAACAACAGAAAGGAAUACACUGUAAAGUAUGACCAUUUAGACAACAAUCGAGAAAACACUCCUGGAUACAUGUUUAAUUAUAAUCAUUAUAGUGAUUUAAUUCGCUACCCGAAUUAUUUGUCUGCAAAUAUAAAUGAUGGUAUAUGCAGAAAAUAUGUAACGAUGACGUCGGUGUUACUUCAUAUGAAUCUUAUCCAUUUCAGGGACAUUUGGAGUUAUACCCUUAUAAAGUUAAUUGAAAAUAAUUUAUUUUUUCAAAUUAUGAAUUUGUUAAAGAUAAAGAAAAAGAGUACUCUUUUUCUCCUUACUAUUUCGAGUCUUCUAAAGGUGCAUUACGAAACGGUGCAAGGAUAUGUUCGAGUCGAGAGGGGCGUUUUGUCUAGUAGCACAGUGCAUGACGAGAAAAAGGAGGAAGAAGAAAAAGAAGAAAAAAAAUACCAUUUCUUAAUCGGUUUUUACCACAGGGAAAUAAAGGAUACAUAUUUCAGCAAGCGACGUGCACUAAGAAAAUCUGUCAUGGAAUAUUCGUCAAACGAAAAUAAAUUGAUGGAUAUUUUGUGUUAUCUCCUUUUGAAUAUAAAAAAAUGUGCUCUUAAACUUCCAUUGAAUAUUUUUAAGACUGUUUUUAAAGAAGCUUUCAAAUAUUUGUCUAUACCAAUACACGAUGUUAAAAAAAGUAUAAAGGACUACUUAGGUAGUAUGUCUUUGAGAAUAGUUUCCUAUAUAUUUGAAAUUAUUUACCUAUUGGCUAGUUAUAUGUACUAUUCAGGGGAUGUUCAAACAAUGGAUGACUAUCGGAAGAAUUUUUAUAUUUUUCCAUUUUAUUUCAAUUUAAUCGAUGUAUAUGUGAAAUUUGUUGAAAAGUACAAUAAAAAAAAUAACACACUAUUACCUUCCAUGUUAAAUUAUAAGUUUGUACAAGGUUUUCUUUUUCUCUUUGACUAUUCUGGAGGAACAACUCGUAUGAUUUCUGAGAGAAUUUUUUCUUCCCAUGAGAGCUGUACAUCUGAUAGAUUGCGCAUAAUGGGUACCUCAUCUCAACCUAAUCACAUCCCAGGUGAGUUUCAAAGUAAGGAUAAAGCAUGCAAAAGUUACAGGAAAGAUCGAGAGGAAAAAAAAAUUCAAUUUUUGAGUACAGUAUUCAAUGGAUAUAACUUCCUAUGGAGGAAUGACGAAAAUGGAUUAUUUCCUACAAGCAGACUAACAGACAUAGAAAAUGUAAACCUGUUUAAGUAUAAUUAUUACAACUUUGUGGACAUACCAUCAUCUGCUGAUUUCAAAUGGAGAAAAGAAGAAGAAAAUGUGUUAAUGUUAGACCCUUUUACAAGAGAAAGGUUAUUUAAUGAGGCGUAUUCAGAUUAUAUUAUUACUAUAAUAAACAAAUUUAUUUUUUACAAUAAGAACGAAAUAUGUUGCUAUUUGUACACUUUAAUAAUGUAUGUUAUUGGGAAAUUUCACACAUCUGUUAGUUAUAGAUUUAGGGAGUUAAAUUAUUUGAUUAUUUUGCAUGUGUUACCAUGGAAAUGUUGUUUAAAUUUUUGUAUAAAAAAUAGUCAGCUGAGUUGUUUUUUUUUUCAGAAAUUUUAUGAGUGCGUUCAUAAUUUAUUACCCGAAAUUGUCCUUGAGAAUUUUACGGCCGGGUUCAAUUUGCACAGUUCUGUGGCUUCCUUGGGUAGAGGAAUCAAUGAAAAAACAAAAUGUGUAUUGUCUCCAUAUUCAUGGCGUGGAAAGAGCAUAAAUAUAGAUGUGGAAAAUACAAAAAGGUAUAAUAAAAACUCGCACUCUAGUUGGACAAAAGAAAAGAAAGAAGAUUCUAAAAUUCCAAAUGGGAGUGAAGAGAGGAUUUGUACAAAUGACUCAAACGCGAUCGCUAUGGUUAGUUCGAGUUCUUAUCAUUUUAAAGGCUCAAGUGGAUUAUACGCACAAAUUGUAAAUGAAAGAAAAGUUAUAAAAGAUCUAUUCUUUUUGAAUUCAAAUAACCCUGUUCAUUUUUAUACUCUAUCUAAUAAUGGAGGAGGAGACAUAUUUGCUGAAAGUACGCUACUAAAAUAUUGUCUGUUAAUUAAUAUUUUUAUCGAAAUGGUUCUUUUAAAAAAAUCUCCAGAGAGGAGUGACGGGAUGACGAAGAAUCAAAUGGAAGAAGAUGGAGAAAGGACGACUUUGCCUAGAAGUAAUUUUAUUCAACUGAUGAAUGAUCUGUUCGAUGAACAAAUGUGCUCAUACUACAUCUCAGUAUUUCAGAACCCAAUGAAUUUUUUUUUAAGAAUUUCUCCAAAAAUUGCACAACUGCUAGUACGACACGAUUGCAUGGACAAUUUGAUUUUUUUUAUUUUUACAAAAUUGUAUAAUUAUUUGUCUCUAAUACCUCCUAGACUAUCAGCAAAAGACUUUCUACCGUUAAGUGUGGAGGAUAUCACUUCCCUUCAGGAAACAGCUGUUGCACAGUUUGUGUUGAGUCUGGAAGGGAGAAAUAUGCACAAUAAUGGAAUCGUGAAGUGUGGCUCUGCGGAUUGUGUUUCGAUAGAGGGAGAAUCGAGAAGGCCAAUCAUCGACAACCUCAGUUUCUUUUUAAAAAAAAUGGACGCAUUAGUAAAAACAUUCAACGUGAAUAAUCUGCAUGGUUUAUGCGAAUCUGGAUUUGACACGCAAAGUGCAUUUUACUUGUCGUUCUACAUCACCCCUGAAAUGUUUAGCAAUAUAUUUUACUACCUAGGAAAUAAUAUGAUGGCCAUCGUUAGUGAUAACUUCAAUUUGGAAGAUAAUAUAAAAUUUUAUGAAAAUGUAAAUGUGAAAAAAAUGGAUCCCGUUUUAGAGCCAUAUAAUGUAUUAAAAAAAUCCUCAUUUUAUACACAAAUUGUUGUAUUUUAUUUGAUUGUGAAUGCAAAUAAUAAAUUAAUGGAUAUGCAAAAGUACAAACAGGAUCUAUCUUUUUAUUUUAGAAAAUGUUUACAAGUAUGCUUCAAGCCAUACAUUGAUAAUUUUGUUUCUUCAAUUAUUCCAGUGAUGUUAAACUUUUAUUAUUUCUUCCCGUCUUUUAUCCCAGAAAUUUUAACCAGCAUAAGUGAAAUUCCCGUGACAGAUCCAAAUGAUCACCCCUUCGGUGCAGAAAUACAAAACUUUGAGAAGAAAGUUCGUCGGAUACUAGAGGUGUCUUACAAGUACAACGCAGAUGCAACCGGUGUGAAGUAA